UCCUUUCUUCAUCACAACUUCGGCCUCUCAAUAGCCCAGCCCAAGGCACCCGAGGCCUAUAGGGCUUGAGCUUGAACAUGCAUCUUGACCUGCGACCUUGCCCUCAGGUUUCGCCAAUAUGGAUUCAGACGACGAAAGAGAUAUCCAAGAGUUCAAUGUUGCCUCCGUGCAACUGCCAAUGAGCGAGGCUGAACGUCAAGACAGUCUAUUUGAUGGUCCAGAGCUGAAGCCGUUCCAACGAGAGCAGAAAGCCACUAGAUACCGAGCGAUCUAUGAUAGGAUGUGCGAGCUUGGGUUCACACGACAACUCUCCAAUCGCGACCACAAUGACGAUGACUUUACGGGUCCAAUUCGUCUGCGGCGGUUCUUUCAGACCGUCAGAGGGUUUCAUUCCGGCUCUCUUGAUCUAACUGGAAGGCAUGAACCGAGAUACAGAUCUAUUUUCGGGCGAUGGAUCAAGUUUUUACAAGACCUUUACCAAAUUCGUCAAUAUACGAUUUCAAGUGGAGCCGCAAGGAAAGCAAACGGAGUAGUAUCCUCCGCAGAAAUCAAUAUGAAAUCGUCCGAGAUUCUUUUCAACUUCCAAAGCAAAUGGCAUACAGGUCGGAGGUUCUUUUCUCUUGCUGGACUGCUGAAAGAUACAGAUGAGCUCUUGAAUUUCCUCACAAAACAUCCAUCCCCGUUGCUACAACGGCGAUGUUUGCACGAUCUACCUCCGGAGCUGAUCCACCAUAUCAUGGAACUUUCGGACCCAGUUAACGCCCGUCGACUUGGCUAUACUUCGCGUUUCUUUCGGUCUAUAUCUUUGCGCUACAUCUAUGAUGAAUAUUGGCUGAUUUUGGAUCCGAGGGUCGGUGACUUCGUAACUAGCGACGGCGACGUGGAUGCUCCUCCCGAACUACUCACUGAGUAUGUACUCAAAGCGCAGACGACAUUCCUGACACGUGCGGGUUUCAUCUGCGAUAAUCCCUAUGUCUGGAAGAAUCUACGAACCCUACAUAUUUCUGGCUGCUGGCGUUUGCCGCAGCUCCAGGUUGAAGUUAUGCAGAAUGACACUAUUCGCCAACUUUACUAUCAACCUAUCUUUGAGGGUAUCUGUGCCGUGCUCUCGAGGACCGCCGAACUUCGUGCUCUAAAUAUGGCUAACUUCAAAAUACCUCUGGAAGUGGCAAACACCAUCACCUCUUUACCCAAUUUGCGGACACUUGAUCUCAGUGGUUGCCAGCCGUUGUUUGGUGAUGUUCUCACUCCGUCGCAGUCUGCAACCAAUCUGGUCAUUUUUAUGCAGGACAAUCUUGACUCCUGGCGUAUCCUUUUCGGCAUGAAGAACAUUCGUGUACUCCAUGUUCAUACUUGUAUGGACUCUCAGACCUCCUCCCUACCUUUCGCUUUAUCAGACGCCGCCAAUCCUUUCAAGACUGUGGAGCGCCUGAUCUACGUCAACCUCUCCCACGUUGACGUCUUUCGACUAUGUAGCUGGAUUCGGGAAGCCAACCCCGGCCAGCAUUCUCGAUUGACGCAUGUAAAGCUCACGUACCCAGGCGACAGGCGGUUUGAUGCCGUGGAAUUGGCAGAAAUCCUCAACGCUCUCCGUGGCGCGCCUAUGGAAUACUUUAUUUUGGAUGGCGUAGGCUUUGCUGAGGCAUCACUACUGGAGUGGAUCGCCGCAGCGUUCCCCAACUUGUAUUCCCUCACACUCUUCUACAUCCGCAAUGUCCGCGACUUCUGCGACAUUUAUUGGCCAAGCACUGACCGAGAAUACGCUCGAGCGAUGUCGGGAUUCACUCGCUUGAAGUAUUUCAAGUGGAAUCAGUGUUUCGAAUACUGGCCAGAUGCUUACAUUUCCGCCAUUCCGUUCUUAUUCAGCGAUGACAGAGGUACGGAUGAAUCGGAUGAAGAUGACGAUGAGUCGGACGUGUACAUGGGUGCGGCUUCGCAGAACACAGUCAAGCUCUUCGCCACGUAUUGUCGUACCCUGGAGUACGUUGCAUUUAUGCAGCGCAAUUGGGCCAGAGCGGAGUAUCAUAUCUCACGCAGUGCAGCGGACUUCAUUACACUUACGGCGGAGGAUGCGGACCAACGAUCAUACGACCGUAGGAUUUCGUGGCAUAAUCCGGAGCAUGGCGACGACUCCUGGAACUUGUAAUACAAGGCCAGUUCCUUGUGGGGUGAACUUGAUCCUCUUGCCUUGCUAUUUCAUCGUGUUUCAUGCGAUCCUUGGCUUAUCAUGCGUGGUGAUAAUGCCUAAUUUCUAACAUGCCUGAUUAUGCUUGCUGUCGUUGAAAGCCGAACUAGAAGGGUGGAUUUUUGUACUAUGCAUGUAAACAAGUUGUACGCAAACCAUACCAAAGAGCUUCAAGAUUUGGCUGGAUGCAAGCACAACGCACAGUGCAUAUAAUGACGGUAUCGAGCCCAUUCACGUAGCAAGAUGGGCGGGCUCAUCUAGCCAGCGGGCCAUAGACCAGAAGAAACAUAACUACGUUGUUGUUCCGCCGCCUUGACGGCGUCAGCCACUUCAAAUGCCUGAACGUGCGAAUCCACGCUGUCCUUAAGCUUCCCAUACACAAUCCUGGAUCGUCAUCAUAAGUAACAGCCUCCGACUUCAGGACUCAGCAACGCUGGGUCCGGAUGAAUGGUGCACUCGAAUAGCUAUGCUAGUUGGGUAUGUGAGUCUAAUAGUGCAGUGGUCCUUGAAAUCGAGCUUUGUUCAAAGUAAUCCAAUUUGCAGUAAAAUUUAGAAAAAAGUACGUUGUCGAUACGCUCAACCAUUUCAAAUCCUCUGUGCUUGGUUCGCUUCCAGCCUCUAGAUACUCUGGGAAGACAGUCGUUCCUUCAUUAUAUAGGCCUCUCUGUUACGGCAUGGAGAAACAUAAGGACGAAUUCGAACUUCACGAUUAAAGAAGCACAGCGGCCCGGGGUCGCGGGGUAUCAUGUAGUGUACAGGGCAAAACUCGUUUCGGUCAGGUUUCGCCGGCUUGCCAGGCAAAACGGCAAUUGCCAGGUUUGGCGAAAUUGGCGAAUGUUUUUUUCGCAUCUUUGAACACGGUGCAAGUAGAAUCACGAAGGGCAGAAGUACAGUAAUUACAUACACACUAGCAAAUAGAAUCUUAUGUGAAAGGCCCUAUACGCCAUC